ACCACACACAAGCGAGUUCAAGUUCUAAAGCCGGCUACUGUGAUGAAACUUCCCGAUGCUUCUUCUAUCUACACCACCAUUCCACUGUGACGGUGCGUUAAAGCGUCAAACACGUCUUCAGCGCCAGAACCGUCCCCGUUCGAUGGCUUAAAGUUUCGCUCCCCCCAAAAAAAAACCUCUAACCAGAGAAGAAAAUAGUCCUGACGCACAGGUUGUGUACGUGAAUCUGGUCGGACGGCGUCUCAAACGGUGCGUGGCAAGUGUGUGUGUGUGUGUGUGUCGUUUGUUUUCGUUUGUCGCCAUCUUCUCCCCUUGCCCGUCCUGUCCUGGUGCAUUAUCGGCCAGAGCUGUGGUGGAGUGUUUUGGUUGCGUGCAGUUGCACCGAGGGGCCCACCGAGGGUUCCCCCUGGCCUGGCCGGCGGCCUACCUGUGCGAUGUGCAUUGCGUUGCGUUGUGUUUGUUCCGUUGGUUCGUUGAAUGUACCAAACACGGCGCGGCACACAUAUCGGCGUUACCUGUUUUAAAGGGCAUAUCAUAAAAGCAACAACAACAAAAUAAGGCGUUAAAAGAAAGCCAAGUGCAAAAAGGAGGAGCAUUUGUGUAGUUUAUGUAAUUGUAGCUCCUCAAAGUGUUGAUUGUUGUCCUCAGUGUUAACAAGUGUGAGCUGUGUUUUGUGUAUUUUGAAAUUAAAUCCUGAUCGUAAGCACUUCAACAAGAUUCGACGUACGACAGCAAAAAGGUGCGUUAUUCACACAAUUACAACAAUUUCAAAAUCAGAGGUGUCAAUCCGGCAGAUCAUAGCUUAAUGUUGAGCCAGCGGAAAAAGGUACUCAUUGCGCCGUCCGUCGCACCCAAGUCGCACUGUGCGAGCGAUCCAUGAUCCACGCCCGUCCGGACAUGAGAACCCUCGCCGGUGUAACGUAGUGUGUUUUGUGUGUUGUGUGUAGGGCACGCAGCCGAUAGGGUAGCGUAUGUGUGUGUGUGUGUGUGUAGUGUAAGCGAACGCGGCGUGUUCCGGCGUCCCCGGAAGUGAACGCAAACGAGACGAACGACGUGACACUUCCGUUCACCCGGCUCAUGUCGAACCGGCGCAUCGCCUGUUUGCAGGUGUAUCGCGGUGGUCGGUGGUACGGCCAGCGGUGAAGGAGCGCAAACGGAAAAGAAAACACGACGACGCGGUACCCCAUUGAACCGAUAUCGGGGAGCGGAAGUCCGGGACUGACUCGGGCCCAGGACGUCUCGAAAAGCCAUCAUCGUUAACGCGGGCGGCGUGUGUAGCUGGUGGCCGUCGAAAGGGACGCCUUCCUGCCUCGGAAGGCAGCAAACGGUGGAGGUGCCCCCGAUACCAGCGGGCACCCGGCGGUCGGUGGUGCGAUGGAGCUGAAGGUAUGGGUCGAAGGAAUCCAACGUAUCGUGUGCGGCGUCACGGAAGUCACCACGUGUCAGGAUGUUGUGUUUGCGUUGGCACACGCCACCGGCAAAACGGGACGCUUUACGCUCAUCGAACGGUGGCGCAAUAACGAGCGUCUGCUGGCACCGCACGAGAACCCGCUCAAGAUCCUGAUGAAAUGGGGCGAAUACUCGAGUGACGUGCAAUUUAUCUUGCAACGAUCAGAUCAACAGCAGCAGCAGCAGCAGAAAAAGGAUGCCCAGCAGCAACCGCAGCAACAACAGCAACAACAGCAGCAGCAUCAAACGGCACCAUCGACGCAGACUGCACAGUCCCAGCAGCAGCUGCUCCGCCAGCAGCAAAAGCUAAACCAACUCAACAACAAUCAUAUCGGUGUGAACGGUGGGAUAACGAAUGGCAAGCACGGCGGCCUAACGUCUCCCACAAGCCCCAACGGCAACGGCCAUGCCAAUCCUAUCAUCCCGAAUGGCGUACACAGCACGCAUAACCAUAUCAACAAUAACAACAACGGUGGCACGAUUGGCGGCGGGCAGCACUACUCACAACACCAUCCGAGCAAUGGUGACGAGCAGCAGUCGUUGCUGCUGCAUCAAGCACAUCAGCAGCAGCAGCAGCACGCGAAGAGCAAACUUCAUCAAAACAAUCUAAAAAAUAGCGCCAACAACCAGCUUCACCACCAACAACUCAUCCAUCAGCAACAGCAGCAGCAGCAGCACCAACAACAUCACCAUCAGCACCAGCUAUCCUCAUCGUCUACUUCAUCCGCCGACCACCAGUAUCGAGCGCACCAACAUCAGCAACAAUCGAACGGCGGCGUCGGUGCGUUAAUUCGAACCGGAAAUGAUCCUUCCAACAACAGAUCGGCGGGCGGGCCCGGCCCGUUGGAGUCGCCGGUGGCCGUAAAGCAAUCGGAAUUGAACAUCUCGAGCAGCAGCAGCAGCGCGGUGGUGGGCGGUGGACCGCUCGAGCGAGGCAAAGAAACGAGAAAAAGUCUCAAUUCGUCCGGAUCAAGCGGAAAGACGGACCACCAUCACAACCACCAACAGCAGCAGCAGCAGCACCAUCAUCACUCACAGCAGCAGCAGCAGCAGCAGCUGCACCAUCAGCAGCAAUCUCAGAAGCAUCAGUCGCAGACGACGGCAAACCAGCAAAAUGGAAACGUCGUUGGUGUCGUGCGAGGCAUGAUGCAACACCAGCAAAAGUACAGCCAUGUUCAGCGGCAUUCGCCCAACAGUAGCAGCAGCAGUAGUACCACCACCGCGAAGGCGGGUGUCUCCAGCACCACGGCAGCAGCGGCGGCGGCGGCAUCGACGAGUGACCACAGCACAAGCAGUAGCAGCAGUGUGAGCAGUACCGCCAGCUCCAGCUCGACCGCUUCCUCGAACAAUACCAGCACGAGUAGUGGGAUUGGUGGAAGCGGCGGCAGCAGCGGCACGAGCAGUGGCCACCAUCAGCCGGUAGAGGCGACGUACGCCAGCGUGAUCAAGAAGCCGAAAUCGCACCCAACGGCAACGUCCGCCGGCAGUGGAAACAGCAACAAUGUGGUCGGUGAAUUUAACGCCGCCGAUUUGCGCAGCUCGCUUGACCGCAAGGUGAAUGGGUUGGUGUUUAGCAACGGGUUGAACGAGCGCGUCACGCAACCACCACCGUCGUCGUCCUCCUCUACGUCACCUGCGAUGCCGGUGGGAACGGGUGUAGCAGGACCACAGCAGCAGCCUUCGGGCUCCUCCUCCAGCAUGAUUGUCGGCGCCACACUGAAGCCGGACCAUCAGCAGCAACAUCACGGGACGCUGGGACGCCACUAUCACCAUACGCAGCUGCAGAAUCUACUGUGCGCGGACAAUCAACAUCAGCAGCAGCAGCAGCAGCUGGACACGAGCAGCGUGAGCAGCAUCAGCGGCUCGAGUAUUGGCGGUGGCGGCAACAGCUCCAACAGCAAUCAUCCGUUGCUGUUGACGGGCUCCACGACCAACUCACCGAUAACGGGCAUCUCGUCGAAUGGGGCGCUAGUGCCACCGCCUUACCGGGAUCCACCGCCACCACGGAACAGCCCCCUGUCCCACACGCUUACCAGUCUGAGCAGUACCGGGAGUGGCACCUCGGGCAAUGGCAGUCGAAGGCACGAGAAGGACACGGGAGCGGGUAACCAGCUCUCCGCCAGUGGCGGUGGUGGCUCAUCGUCCGCCUCCUCUACCGUGUCGUCGCUCGUGGUGGUUGGCCCCAAUGGAGGGUCGGAGGAGAUCCUGGUCGGCGACAGUUUACCGCACGCGUCCGGCUACCGGGAACUGAUGCAGCUUAUCAAGUUGCAGCGCGAGAAAAUCAAUACCCAGCAGGCAGAUCUGUCGAAGUACGACAGCGAGAUCGUCUACCUGGAGAGCCGCAGCCGGGAGCAAACGGACCAGCUGGACGCGAUCGCGCAGGAGAUCAGCAAGACGGAGGCCCAGUUCCGGCAGGCGGGCGACCAGCUGCAGGCGUACCAGUACGUGGAGGAGGAGAGCGAGCUGGUCCGGCAGCAGGAGAAGACGCUCAAGUCGGAGAUAACGCUGCUGCGCUCGAAGCUGGCCAACUGCGAGACGGAGCUGCUGCAGUGCAAGAACAAGAUCCGGCUGCUGAUGGACGAGAUACUGGUGGAGCAGCGCAAGUAUAGCCGACAGUACGAUCCGAACCGACAACAGCUGUUGGAGCGGGCUCUAAUGUGUGAAGUUGACAGGCUGCAGGUGGAGAUCGACCUGGCGGUGCAGAGCGCGGACCAGGCGAACAAGGCGCACGACAAGCUGAAGGGCGAGGUGACGCUGCUCGAGGGCGCGAUCGCGGACAAGAAGAAGCAGGUCGAGAAGCUGGUGCACGAGAUGAAGGAGGUGAACCUGCAGAGCCUGGCGGUGGUCCCACCGGCGGACGAGGUGCGCCAUCUACUGGAAGUUGGCUCCGUGAAACCUGGCAGCACCCGGCGCAUGAUCGGAUCGCCCAGGCAGCUGGAAAAUGCAGUCCCGACGAGUAAAAAUCCCCACGGCGUUUGGGUCUAGAGGGAGGCGCAGUUCCAGGGUUACAAAAAAGGUGGACGACUCCCCACCCCGGGGACGGCGAGCGAAGGAUUCGUGUAAAAUCAAAAUAUGAUGGUAACCAUUCUCAAAUGUGAUAAUUGUUGGUAAGCGAAACAGGAGGUAAAGCAUCAACAGAAGCGGCAAAAUAAGGAGCUCUAGGGAACUCGAGUUAGGAAUUGCAAAACGAAGACGAAAGCAGCUGCUGAAUGAAAAGCGAAUUUUGGAAGAAAAAGCACACACACCCACAGACACACACAAACAGAAAUAGAUUGCGCACUUCACCCGCUAGAGGAACUUUACGGAUACAUACAGCUCAUUCCAUCAUUCCGGAAGUAUGUUUGGGGCAGAAGGUAGUAGAUCAGCAAUUGCGUCGUUAGCGACAAUUUAUGGAAAGAAUGACGGGAAUGAGAGUAAACGUUUUAGGGUCCAAAAUAUGUCCACUUUGACAUUGCGUGGCAAAGGAAUGCGCCGUCCCAGCUGGAGCAGGAUGAUAGCUAAGUAAAGCAGCGGAAAGAAGUGUAAUGUUUGUUUGUGUGCGUGUGUGUGUGUGUUUAAUACAGAUUGUUACACAUAGGUUUUAAGGUUUAUUUCCACACACACGAAAUACGGGCUAGAGUGUAUUAAUUUGUUAUAAAAAGAUUAAAAACGACUGAAGGAGUUUGGAAAACAAACGAAACUCCUGGAACGUUUCCUGUCAAAUCACUCACACACAUUGGUCCUUCUUCACCGAGUGUGGAUGCCAUUUUAGCCCUUUAAACUAUACCACUCGAUGUAAUGUAUGUGUGCUUUUGUUUGUAAACUGUUCAUUCUCUCAACGUGAAAAAAAAACACAAAAACAGAAAGGCUUUAAAACCACACCGUCUCUUGCCCUGUUCGGAACGAACGCGUGUCCGAGUAGAGUUACGUACGCAAUAGUAGCCGUGUAGUUUCGUUUUAUAUUUAUUUGUUUGUGCCUACAAAUGUGUAAGCACUCGCUACACUUUUAACUUUCUCUUGCCUCGGGGGCGUAUUUAAGUAAUGUAUUUUAAAAAAAAAGAAGCCCCAUGUGUUUUCUGUGCAUAUGUGCUUGCCACAAUGUGUGUAUGUGUGUCCAUUGUGCUUUAUUGCCAUUGCCAAGCCAUUGCAAAACACACGUUGUUGCCCUUCUGGAAAAGCAACCGUUCCGUGGCGAAACGAACCGAAGCAGCUCAUGUAAGAUAAAAGAGCUUUUAAUGCACGUUGAAAGCUCCCGUACGCUUAAUCCUUUACUGCUGCUGCUGCAGUGUGGAAUGUGUGUGCAUAUUGAAUUUCCCACAGGCGUGCAGAGAUGCAUACUCGUUUGAUUUAAAUAAAAUCCACACCACGAGCACGUGAGGUUUGGCCUUCAAAACGGGAAGGGAUUUAAGCUAUUUUUAAUGCUAACCCCGCCCCACGUGGGGGCCGUUGCACCGUGUGGAGUUGCAUUAAAGAGGACGAUAGACGCAGUAUAAAAGAGAUAAAUAGAUUUCAUAGUCAGUUAAGUGAAAUGUGUUUCAGUUGUAGCAGCAAAAAAAGAAAGGAUGCGAGUGGUGUGAAAUUGUGGGCCGCAAAGAGAGAUUUAAACGCAUAAGCAUAAGUGUGUUGUUGUUGUUGUUUUUAUCGUUCGUUUUCAUUAAGUAAAUUGUGCAACCAGAGGCACCACACACACACACGAAUGGGAGGAAGGUUGAGGCACAUUUAAUGUGUUUCAAACAGCGUUUAGAUUAAACGAAACGAUGGGAUGUGGUGAGAAUGAAAGUGCAGUCUGUUAAUAGGGUAGUGUCUAGAGGCCGGUUCGUCUACCUUGAGUGAGUGUAUAAGGACAGGCAAGGGACGAGGGACAACCAAUCACACCAACCAACAGCGUAUCAAUGUUGAACGAAACGUAAACCACCUAAGGCAGCAAGCAGGAAUCGUAUCGCACGCAAAUCGCCGAUUUAUCCUCCAACUUACACACAUUACCCCACUCGAAAACGGUUUCAAUCUCUUAUCGCUAGUAAAAUCCAUUUCUGUGUUUAAGGAAAGAGAUUUGUAGCUACUUCUCAUCGAGAGAGGAAGGGUUCUGAAACACGAUUACAAGCAUAUCAUUUAUUUUUUUGGGAGACUUAAGAUAUUUUUCUAAUUUGUGAGGAUUUCCCCCCUCGAUUCAUAGAACUAUUUAGACGAACCACUCAUCAAAAUCAACCGAAACGAAAGCUAUAUCAUGUAAAUGAAACACCAAAAACUUGUAAAAAAACGUAACACGAUGUCUAAAGCAUAGUUGUACAGAGAAUUCUAGAUAAAAAAAACUCCAGCCCGUUUAUGCGUUGCUCUCUCCAAAACACGGAAUUACGGAACGGUGGGAUAGUUUCAACAACGCCAGGAUUAACGGGUAGUGGUGGUGGAGAAAUGCUGGCAGUGAAUGCGUUUGCAAAGCUCUCCACGGUGCAUCGCCGCUUUUGCUGCUUGCACUUUGCUUUGCUGCGUACCUUGAAGAGAGAGAGAGAGAGAGAGAGGAAAAAGAGAAGAAGAAAACCACUCUCAAAAACGGACAAACGGUAGUGGUAAACACGUGGCUCGUAAAGGGAAGAGUCCAAAGUUGCAGCGGGAGGAUGGGGGAACAAGCAAAGUGGUAAACAAAAUUUAUCCAUAAACUGCUAACGAACCCGUUGCCGCGUUGGCAAAGUUAUUCGGCUUUCUCUCUAAAAAAAGGUCCUUGUUGGCGGUGGGUUGGGCUUUUUCUUUCUUUCUUUAUUUCUCUGCCAACCCUUGCGGAGUUCAUCGUUAUCAACGUACUUGUGCUGCUGAUCAUCAUGCUGCUGUUGCUGCUUCUGUCGGUGCAAUAGGACGCAAAAGCCAGCAAGUGGGUGUGUGUAGUUGCACGGCCACACACACACACACUAUUCAAUGUUGAUGUAAAAAAGACGAAUGUUUGUUGAAAAGCUAAAGUUUGAGACAAUACUACUUUUACACAGCGCAAACAAAAUGUAGAGUGCGCACACAGUGUAAAAGAGAAAAGGUUCAACUCCCUCCUCAUUGCAAUUUGCGGGGAUUUUUAUUUUUCGAUUGCUUCCUUUUUAUUCUCGCCGUAACGUUGUUAAAUCUAUGCGUUGAUAAGGAACAAAAAAUGGUAUAAAAAUCAAAACACGAAUGGAACAGAAAAAAAGCAAAUGCUGGUUAAAAACAAUGCACCAUAGGUGAGCCCAGGAAAGAGCAACAAAAUGGCAUUAAAAGAUGAAUAUAUAUAUUUACGAAGUUCGAAGUGCAAUCUUGUUGCUAUCUUUUUCUAUAAACGAACAAAAAACUACACUUACAUACACAAUCUUACACGCUUCUUUUUGUCUUUACACACACACACACAUACACCUCUUUAUGCAAUGUAAGAAACAAAACAAAGAGUUAAAAACUCACCCCUGCAACACACAAACACACCCAACAACAACAACAACAACUGUACAAGGGGGACACAUAAAUCAUACAUAAUAGUUCUAAAAAUAAGUAAAUAAUAGCGGAAAAAGGAAAAGAAAACGAUGGUGCAAAGAUAAGAAAGAAAAACCCAGUGAACGAAAGAGAAGAAGAAGAAGAAGAAGAAGAAGAAGAAGAAGAAGAAGAAGAAGAAGAAGAAGAAGAAGAAGAAGAAGAAGAAGAAGAAGAAGAAGAAGAAGAAGAAGAGAGAAGGGAAAACGUAUCAUAAACAAGAAGGAAAAGUGUGCAAGAAAACAAUAUAAAGAGCUUAACAAUAUUAUAAAAAAAAUAUAGAAAGAAUGAAAUAGAACAACACAAACGAGACAACACAAAACAUCAAAAAACGGGAAAUGAAACAAAACAUGCAUUGAAAAAUAGAGAAACCACAAAUCACGAAGUAAAAGCGUUAAUAAAUAGAUAAAAAGCAGAAAAAAAGGCAGAACAAGUUGAGAGGAUAGAGAAAUGGGAAUAUGAGAAGAGGAGAGGUGUGCCUGAUGCGAACCUUCUGCUCAGUUGCAAUAAUUUAAAUUGGAAUUGAAAAAUGUAACUCGCACACCGGAUAAAUUACGGAAUUGAGUAUAUUGUUCCCUCGGGAUGUGGGAUUAUAAAAGAGAGAACAACGGGAAAAAAACACCCGCGAAACACUGUAAAAAAUAUAGUUAAAAAGAUCACAACCACAGCAACAACAACAACAACAACAACACGAUACGAAACAAAUCGACUACGUUCGUACACUUAGUUGAGGGAUUUUCUACCUUGUUUUUUCGAUUAAGACUUAAUCUUUAAGCUCGUCUUUAUUAGAUCUUGGAUGUGUUUUAAGUCGCCUCAUUCCAUAUAUAUUGUACUUAAUUUUUACCUCUGUUUUAUUAGUCCCUUUAGCCCUUAAGUAGAUGAAUUUAUGUUAGCUUAGAGUGAGAGAGAGAGAGAGAGAGAGAGAGAGAGAGAGAGAGAGAAAGAGAGAAAGAGAGAAAGAGACAGCGAUCGUGACCAAGGUUAUCGAACAGUAGAAGCCAGCACUUGGUCCAGGGAAACGUGCACAGUGCGCGGUUGUAUUUUCGUUUCUGUGCAUCAUAGUAGGCAUGUAGUAGUGUAGACAGAGCAGAGUGCGCGGUAUCGUUCGUUUCAGUUUGUAAAAUCGUUUGUUUGUUUAGCAAUAGUAUGUUUAAGGCGAGCAUGUUUCGUGUAAAGAAAAAACGAUUUACAACUGCUGCAAAUGUAAUGGUUUAGCUAUGAAGUGUGGAACGUGCUGGACGGAAAGGUGCGAAAUACAAGAAAAUAUAAACUGUUGACAUGA